AUGGAUGAAGCCUUUGCGCAUUUGGAAGGAAAUAAACAAGGGGAUGGAAAAAAGGCAACUGUAGCCCCAGACGGGGGUUGGGGCUAUGUUGUGUGCAUUGGUGUUGGAUUUACUUUUAUGCUUGGGUUCGGCUCUUCCAAUGCCUUUGGCAUUCUCUUCAAUAGUUUUUUCAUGGAACAAGACGGUGCUAGUGGUCUUCCUCUAGUCAUAGGUGUAUAUAAUGGUGCCUUAUCAAUUGCAGGGUUUUUAAGCGGCAUUGCCCUUAAGAAGUAUUCGUUCAGACAAGUCGGGUUAGUCGGCGCUGGAUUGUUCGUCUUAGGAGAUAUACUGACAAUAUUUGUACAAAGGACAUAUCAACUAGUAUUCACAUUUGGAGUUAUACGAGGUGCUGGCUUCGGUGUUAUGAUACCAGUUAGUUUUACAGCAUUUAAUUGUUAUUUUACAAAGAAACGCACAGCCAUGAUGAGCGCUAACCAGACAAUGAGUAGCAUGGCAUCCAUAACAUUUCCAAUUCUAGUAACUUUUCUACUAGCGGAAUAUGGCUUUCGGUGGACCCUUGCGUUAGUAAUGGCUAUAGAUCUUCAUUUAUUAUUCGCAAUGAUUGUGAUGCAUCCAGUUGAAUGGCAUAUGAUUAAAGCGCCUGAAGUUAAGGAACUCUCAUCAUAUUGUGACGUUAACAGUGUUAAAAAUAAAUCCGAGUCCUUUGACGAAGCUGUUAUAAAAAUGUUGCCAGGUGAUGACGUCAUUGAGAUUAAGAAAUCACCUCUCCGGCACGAGUCGAUCCAGAAAAGCAUUAUAAAAAUAAUAUAUGACAACGUAGAACUUGAUCUCCUAAAGGACCCGAAAUUCGUCAGUACCUUGGUAGGCCUCGGAUUUGCCUUCGUCUCAGACGUGACCUACCUAGCCAUGGAACCGAUGCUCUUAUUCUCCUAUCAGUAUUCGAAGAUGCAAGUCGCAACAUGUGUAAUGGCUGGGGCGAUUGCUGAUUUGGCUGCUCGAUUCUUCCUCGCUGUAUUUACUUAUUUCUACACAGUCGACAGUAGGAAGGUUUUCUUUGUGGGCACAUUUAUAACGAUGAUUUUAAGAAUUGUUCUCAUACUGUCAGAUAAUAUAACGUAUGUCUUCGCGAUAACUAUAAUAUCUGGCCUCGUGAGGUGUUCUGUACAAGUGCUAUUUCCACUUGUGCUGGUAACAGCUGCUCCUGACAGAUUUCCAGCAGCUCUAGCCCUCCACAUACUAUUCUCUGGAUGCCUCAUGUUGAUGGCGGAUCCUAUGAUAGGUGUAAUAUACGAAGCAACGGGGAGUUACGUGAACUGUUUCAUAGCAAUGAGUUUUUGCUGUUUAGUGUGUAUUGUUUUAUGGACUGUAGAGUAUUUUGUCUAUCGUAAGAAAGCGUAA